CGUCACUCCCCGGCCCGAUGCUUUGGAAGUCUGCGAAACAGCCCGCUUAGGCAACGCAAACAUGGCGGAGAAGACGCCGAAGGAGCCCGACGCUGCCUACGCGGAGAGGAUAGUCCCCGACAAGGCCAACCUGACCAACGAGCAGAUGCACUUCAUCAGGCGGGUGGAGCUCGAACAGUGGAAGAAGAAGAGCCAUAAGAUGAAGGCGCGGAACGUGCUGACGGCGGUCGCCAUCGGAGCCCUGGUGGCGGGCAUAUACGGCUACACCUUCUACUCCGUCUCCCAGGACCGCGUCAUGGAAGAACUGGAUGAGGAGGCCAAGCGUGCCAGAGCGCCAAAGACGGGCGCCAACUGAGUCCUCGUGCGGACACACGGCGGCCAUGCUGGACUCUUCACUCGGGACGGACUGUUGUCCAACUGGACGUGGACCUGCCGGGAAACACGACCGCAGACCAACACAAAUUGAAAUCUGAAGUGACCUUUAAGGGCAGCCAACACAAAUGACAAAAUGUUGCAUGUGACUUUAUUUAUGUUUUUUUUGUUGAAUAAUAAAACAACACAAGUAGUGGUUUUUACGACCCCA